AAACAAAAAAACAUGCAACUUCAGAAUCGGAGAUUGCGCGGUGAGAGAGUUUGUAGCGUCAACAAGAAAGACGAUACUUUUGCUUAAAUUGAGGUCUUCACCUUAGGCCUAUUCUCUUUGGAUUCAGUAAAACAAAUACGAUAAAUAUGAACAAGCCUUGUGCAAGAUGCAAUCGCACUGUCUACCCGAUGGAACAGCUUAAAUGCUUGGACCAGGUAUGGCACAAAGGAUGUUUCAAUUGCGAUUUUUGCAACACAAAGCUUACAAUGAAAAACUACAAAGGAUAUGAUAAAAAGCCUUAUUGUAAUGCUCAUUAUCCACAAACAAAAUUUACUCAAGUGGCUGACAAUCCUGAAAUUAGAAGAGUGAAGGCCAACACAAAAAUCACCAGUAAUAUUCAAUAUCACAAAGAUCUUGAGGAACAGAAGGGGAAGAAAAUAUCCGUACAGAGUGAUCCAUUAAUCGAUAAGGCCAUGAAGAAUACUAAAAUCCAAAGCAACCUGGUGUACCACGGACAUGAAAAAACAAGAGAAAUUGAAAAUGCGCACAGACCCACAGAAAAGAACCAGCAGCAAGGAAAAGUGGCGUAUCGUAAAACAUCAUCGGACCAACAACCUGAACAAUGUGACGUUGCAAUGACAAAACCUGAAAUGAAUGAUGUUCCAACACCUGCUGUUCCUUCUAACAAUUAUCCUCCCACUACUGAUGAAAUUCCUGUUGUCCCUGAUGAUCCCACCCCACCCGCUGACCUUAUCCCACCUGCUGACCUCGAACCACUUGCUGACCUCAAACCACUUGCUGACCUCUCCCCACUUGCUGACCUCACCCCACCUGCUGACAUUACAACAAAUAAUGAUAUCCCAUCUCCUGAUCUUGACUCUGACCAAACAAAAUUGCAUGAUGAACCUGAUUUACCCCCUUCCUCUGAUGUAAAUCCCGCCGAACCAGCCGAAUACAAUCCAAUGCGUGACUUACAAGAAGCAAUAGGAAACGAAUGGGCCAAACCAGUUGGUGGGUAUGGACAUGCAGGAGGAUACCCCAGUAAGGGAGGUACAAAAUACGUUGCUCUUUACGACUACAGUGCUGCCGAUCACGAUGAAGUGUCGUUUGUGGAAGGAGAUAUCAUCAUAAACCCUGAGAUCAUCGAUGACGGUUGGAUGACGGGGACCGUAGAGAGCACGGGACGAACAGGAAUGCUGCCUUCAAAUUACGUAGACAAAGUUUAGAUAGCCUUAGUAUUCCCGAGGUGAUGUGCAGAGCAUAAAUUUAGUUAUUUUAAUACAAGGGCAGUAGAUUCGCCACAGAAUGGAAAUUCCAGACCAAUCUUAUUAGAAUAACCAUGCGAUGAAAUUUAGUAUAAAUGUUAUCGGUAAGAACGCUGAUGUUGAAGAAUAAGAUCAUUAAAUUUUGUAUCGUUUUAAUACCCUAAAUCAAAAUCCGAUAUCAAGCAUGUUGUUAAUGAAAUAUUCU